AGCCAAACGACAACACUGCAGGUGUGCGACAAACAGGAUGAAGCUGGCAAUGCAUUUGUAAUUCCCAACGCGUUCGAUAUUUUGGGAUAGAUGCACGUGAAGCAUGAAUUAUCAGAAGAACAGAUAACUCACAGCCAAGAUGACGGACUCCAAGUAUUUCACCACCACCAAGAAAGGAGAGAUUUUUGAACUCAAAGCUGAGCUAAACAGUGACAAGAAAGAGAAGAAGAAGGAAGCCGUGAAGAAGGUCAUUGCCUCCAUGACAGUGGGCAAGGAUGUCAGCGCACUUUUCCCCGAUGUGGUGAACUGCAUGCAGACGGACAACCUGGAGCUGAAGAAGUUGGUCUACCUGUACCUGAUGAACUAUGCCAAGAGCCAGCCAGACAUGGCUAUCAUGGCCGUCAACACCUUUGUUAAGGACUGUGAGGACCCCAACCCGCUGAUCAGAGCCCUGGCUGUGCGGACCAUGGGCUGCAUUCGUGUGGACAAGAUCACGGAGUACCUUUGUGAGCCGCUGCGCAAGUGCCUGAAGGAUGAGGAUCCGUAUGUGCGCAAGACAGCCGCCGUGUGCGUGGCCAAGUUACACGACAUCAAUGCCCAGCUGGUGGAGGACCAGGGCUUCCUUGACACGCUGAAGGACCUCAUCUCUGACUCCAACCCUAUGGUGGUUGCUAAUGCAGUGGCUGCCCUCUCUGAGAUAGCAGAGUCUCACCCGAACAGCAAUCUGCUUGACCUGAACCCCCAAACUAUCAACAAGCUGUUGACAGCACUCAACGAAUGCACAGAGUGGGGCCAGAUCUUCAUCCUCGACUGCCUGGCCAAUUAUAUGCCCAGGGAUGACCGGGAGUCCCAGAGUAUUUGUGAGCGUGUCACCCCACGCCUCUCCCACGCCAACUCUGCCGUGGUGCUGUCCGCCGUGAAGGUGCUCAUGAAGUUCAUGGAGAUGUUGCCCAAGGACCUGGACUACUAUGGUACCCUGCUGAAGAAGCUGGCUCCGCCGUUGGUCACGCUGCUGUCGGCCGAGCCAGAGCUGCAGUAUGUGGCCCUGAGGAACAUCAACCUCAUUGUGCAGAAACGGCCAGAAAUCCUGAAGCACGAGAUGAAGGUGUUCUUUGUGAAAUACAACGACCCCAUCUAUGUCAAGCUGGAAAAGCUUGACAUAAUGAUCCGGCUUGCCUCUCAAGCGAAUAUCGCCCAGGUCCUCGCGGAGCUGAAAGAAUACGCCACUGAGGUGGAUGUAGACUUUGUGCGCAAGGCGGUCCGCGCCAUCGGACGCUGCGCCAUCAAAGUGGAGCAAUCCGCAGAGCGCUGCGUGAGUACAUUGCUGGACCUCAUCCAGACCAAAGUCAACUACGUGGUGCAGGAGGCCAUUGUCGUCAUAAAGGACAUUUUCCGAAAAUACCCCAACAAGUACGAGAGUGUUAUUGCCACACUGUGCGAGAACCUGGACUCCCUGGAUGAGCCGGAAGCACGUGCGGCCAUGAUCUGGAUUGUGGGCGAAUAUGCUGAGCGUAUUGACAAUGCAGACGAGCUGCUGGAGAGUUUCCUGGAGGGCUUCCAUGAUGAAAGUACCCAGGUCCAGCUGCAGCUGCUGACAGCCAUAGUGAAGCUCUUCCUGAAGAAGCCCACGGAGACACAGGAGCUGGUUCAGCAAGUGCUCAGCCUGGCCACACAGGAUUCUGACAACCCUGAUUUGCGGGACCGCGGCUACAUCUACUGGCGUCUGCUCUCCACGGACCCAGUGGCAGCCAAGGAGGUGGUGCUGGCGGAGAAGCCACUGAUAUCAGAGGAGACAGACCUUAUUGAGCCCACUCUGCUGGAGGAGCUCAUUUGCCACAUUGGCACUCUGGCCUCUGUCUACCACAAGCCUCCCAGCGCCUUUGUGGAGGGCAGUCGAGGUGUCCAACACAAGAGACUUCCUCCUCGGUCUGGCUCGGGUGAGAGUACUGAGAGCCCAGAGGUGGGUCAGCCUGGAGGCACCGGACCUGAAGCGACCCCUGCCGUUAUCCCGUCCCAGAGCGACCUUUUGGGAGAUCUGCUCAACCUGGACCUGGGACCGCCAGCCUCGGGGAGUGUCCCAGCCCCCACCUCCGGCAUGCAGAUGGGAGCUGUGGACCUGCUGGGUAGUGGCCUGGACACCCUGAUGGGUGAUGAUUCUGAACCGCUUGGUGGAGAUAUUGGCGGAAGUCCAGCGAUGGGUGCUGGCUUUGCAGGAGCUCCUGCAGUCAUGCCGGCCUCUCUCAAUGCGCCUGUCGGAGGUGGUCUUGGUGACCUGUUUGACCUUGGCAGCAGCAUGGGCAUGACGACAGGCGCAUAUGUUGCUCCCAAAUCUGUGUGGCUACCUGCCAUGAAAGCCAAAGGCCUCGAGAUCUCUGGUACCUUUUCCCGACGUGCUGGUGUCAUCCAGAUGGAGCUAUCUCUCACCAACAAGGCCAUGAGCAUCAUGACGGACUUUGCGAUCCAGUUCAACCGAAACAGUUUUGGGCUGGCCCCGGCUGGUCCCCUUCAGGUCCUCACACCCCUCAGCCCAAACCAGACCAUCGAAGUGAGCCUGCCACUCAACAAUGUGGGACCCGUGAUGAAGAUGGAACCCCUCAACAACCUGCAGGUGGCUGUGAAGAACAACAUUGAUGUCUUCUACUUUAGUUGCCAGUACCCCAUCAGCAUCCUGUUCGUGGAGGAUGGGAAGAUGGAACGUCAGGUGUUCCUGGCCACCUGGAAGGACAUCACCGGUGAAAACGAGGCUCAGUUUCAAAUUAAGGACUGCCAUAUCAACUCAGAUGCUGCUAGCAAUAAGCUACAGAGCAGCAACAUGUUCACCAUCGCCAAGCGUAUAGUGGACGGCCAGGAUAUGCUGUACCAGUCCAUGAAGCUCUCCAACGGCAUCUGGGUGCUGGCUGAGCUGCGACUCCAGGCUGGGAGCCCCAACUAUACGCUGUCCCUGAAGUGCAGAGCUCCUGAAGUCUCCCAGUACGUGUUCCAGUACUACGAGACUGUGCUGAAGAACUGACCUGGAAAACAGAGACCGUGGUAGUGGGUUGGGGGGGGGGGUGUUCACUUGUCUGUAAGUGUGUGAGGGCGUUGGCCUUGGCUGCAGGGCUUAAUCAGGACCAUUUUACCACACACUAAUGUCUCCCUGUCACCCUUUCACCUCCCCUGACCACGCCCACCCAACCCCAAUCAUGAAUACUUUAUACUGUCUCCUCCUCUCUGACAUUGUUCUGACGAGUGGUGUUGUCAGAUGUCACCUUCAGUCUGCCUAGAGGGACCUGCCAUUGUUCUCUAGAUACUACAGCCCUGUUUAUCUCCUCUUCCCCAAAUCGUCUUUGCUGGAGCAAUCUCCCCUAAAAGGUCUCCUGCAGCAUUCGUUGUGUCUCCAAAGCUUGUUCUUGAUCUUGUACAUUUUGGGCCUUUCAGCUGUUGGCCAAGACAAGGUGCUGUGUUCCACACCAUUACCCUCUACACAAAGUCCUCCAAAUGAAGCCAUUUCUAUUCACUUGGCGUUUCCUUCAGGAGACCAAAAUGGCAUUUUUUAAAGUCUGCCCUUACCCCGAUCUGCUGGGUGUGUUAAAAGCAGGAAGCGGGAAGAUGCAUCACUGUACUCAUGUUUAAUGUUAUCUCUAAUUCUAAUUAUUAGAAACUACAGCAUUCUGUUUGUCUUUGUCAUUACUUGAUUUAAUUUAGCAGUGUCGGCUGUGAGUCCAUUUCAGUAAUAAUUUCAGUAUUGAGUCUUUGACUUGGUCUGUCCUGCUGACGUUUGCUAUGCUGCAGUAGUAUUUCCCGUAAUUCCCACACUCAACAUGCUCUUACCUCAAAUACAAGAGUGCAUUCUAUCCCCAAAAAGAGGCUGCAAGCUGGACGCAGAGGAAGCAUUUACCAUUUUCUUGAAUCUUCCCCCUCUCCACUCCCCUCGAGUGUUUGCUGAGUGUGCUGCCGUCCUGCUUUUAUAACUUUCGAUUGUAACUGCUGUGAGUGAGAUUGCAGUGUCUCUACCCUCAUCCUCCACCAUCACAGGUCCCUAUACCCACCUUUCUAUCCCCUUUUUUACAUCAUUCCAUUGUGUGUUUCGUUAGAUUUUCGUUUUGUCGUUGUGUGUCGUUUGAUUUUUCUGUAGGUGUUUUACAGACACGUUUCGGCUGGGUGAACGAUGCUGGUUCCUGUACCAGUCCCCCUCCCUAGAGAGAGGAGAGGAUGGCUGUUAAGCAGUUUAGAUUCUGCAUAGUCUGCAUAAAUCAGUUCUUGAGUGGAAAUUACUAUUAUUUGGGUUUAGAACUCUGGUUUUGUAAAAUUAUACAUACCGUAUUAAUAAAAAUAUAUUUGGCUUCACAAA